AUGUCAUUAAAGAGAAAGGAUUUAAAUGUCAAUAAGCUCGAAUCAGCUGAAAAAGAUGAAAAAGAUCAACAAGUAGACAACAAUGUUGAUGAUUUAGAUUCAGGUAGUGUCAAGCAAGUUUUGAAGAAAAAGAAAAGCAAUGAUAUCAUUGAUAAAAAUACUAGUACUGCUGCUGCUACUAGUAGUAAGAAUGAGUCAUCGAUAUUAAAUCUAAUAGAUAGCAAUCGGAAUAAUAAUAAAGAUGUACAGACACCAAAGAAAGCAGCAUCUUCAAUCUUUCAUAAUUUCACACCUUUGAAAUCAACGAUAUCAGCGGUAUCACCUUUCAAGAAUGAUUUCAUAGGUAUACUCUCAACAAAGAAACAACAAACCAACAACAACAGCAACAACAACAAUAAUAAUAAUCAACCAAAGAGUAUCAAUAAAUCAAUGCUGUUCAAACCGAGUGUUGCCAACAUCUUUAUACCCGAGUCACCAAUGAACAUCAAACUUAAACCAACUCAAAAGAUAAGAUCACUUAAACAAUCAUCCAAUGAUCUACUAUCGAAAUUCAAACAACAAGAAGAUACUGAUAUGAAUGAUGAUUCAGAGGAGCAAGAACAACAUCAACAACAAAACAACUUGACAAAGAAGAUUAAUGGUAGAAAAAAUCUAUCUGUAUCAUCACCUAAUAUAAUAUUUAACUUUGGAAAUAAUAGUAAUAAUAAUGAAGAAAAAGAAGAUGAAGGAGUACAAGAUAAUAAUAGUAAUAAUAAAAGUGAACAGCAGUUAUUAGAUGAAAUGAUAAAUAAUAUGGAAAUGAAAUCAAUAGAUAACAUAGAGAAGAGUCAAGUUAAUAAGUUAUUAUACAAUCAGGUACCAGAGUCUAUACAUUGCAAUGAAUUACCUCUCGAUCAGAGUUUAAAAACACAGAUUACAAUCACAUCACCAACCAUCGAUUUCAGAAUGUACAACGAUUCACUCACCGAUUCAUCAAUGCUAUCAAGAUUAAUUGGUUGUAAACAGUCAAAUCAACAAAAUUCACAAUCCAACAUCAAUAAUAAUAAUGAUAUUAGUAGUAGUAGUAAUAGUGAUAAUAGUAAAUUAGAAACAUUCUUAUCAUCUUUAAUACAUUAUAUAUCACCUUCAAAUACAUUACCAUGGGAUACUCAGAAUGAAAUCGUUUCAAAAGAUCCAUUCAAAAUGAAAUGGGUAGAGGAUCGUUGGAAAGAAUGGGAAUUAAGUUUUGAUUCACUUUUCAAUUCAUAUUUAGUUGGAUCGGUUGAUAAUUUCUAUUUGAUACACGGUGAAUGGUCUUGUUUGUUUAUGUAUUUGGAUGGUGUACACUAUGCCAAGAUCAAUCCAACGAGCAAGAAGAUGAGAGAUUUGUUGAGUGAUGAUGGAAUUGAAUGGACUACACCAUACCUACAGUCUAACCAGGUAGAGGAAGAGAGGAUAUCUGUAGAGUUACUUCAGGAGCUGAAAGAACUCUCAAAGAAAAACAAGUCGAGCAAAACGGUCACAAAGAAACUCGAUCCAUCAUACUACCAGACACCACGUUCCUCUACGAUUGCGCUUGUCACCGGAAUGGAAGAUAUCGUUAAACUCGGUCAUUUCUUCAAGUCAAAACUUAUUUGGUCAAAUAAAUUACACGCCAAACUUAAUGAUACCAAUGGAAAUGGAAAUAACAACAAUAACAAUAAUAAUAACUCUGUUAAUCAUUCAACAACAUUGUCGAGAUCUGUGCAAUUGAAUACAUUGUUCACCCCAAGGAAAAUCAACAAACAAAUAUCACAACAACAGUUGCAAAACGAUGAAGAUCUGACUGCCAAUGAAUCACAAUACUAUCUAUUGAGCAAAGAUGUACCGAUUCUACUAUCUAAGCAACCGUUCAACGGUGGAACUCUUAGACUCAAUAGAAUUCUCUCGAAUGAAAUCUAUACGAAACUGACAGUGUCCUCCUCACAGCCAGGAUCGAACGAUGGCGAAAAAGGUUAUAAACUGGAAAUCGAUGGUCCACUCACACCCGAUAGCUGUAAGAAUCUAUUGGAGUUGAUGACCACUCACAAGCAACCGUAUCAAUGCCAACAGUAUACAAAUGAAACAACCUAUGGAUUUAACAAUAACUCGCUACAAUUGGGUCGUAAUGUUAUUCGACAACUUCAAUAUAAUCCAGUUAAAGUUGAACAAAAAAAGAAAUCUAAAUCUACAACAUCAACAACAACAACAACAACAAAUUGUUUUACAAUAAAUCCAGUUGGUUAA